UGUCUACGUUUCGCUCAAAUUUGCUGGCUUCUCUCCAAAGUGACAAUCGGAUGCUUUGACAUUUUUGUGUCUGCACCGUUACUGUAGGAUUUGCUGAACGUGAAAUAGGAUGACACAAGCUGAUAGUUGUCUGGCAGUGUGCGGUAUACGCGCGUAACACGUAGUUAUCUAAUCGGAACUUCUCGUGUUUUUGAAAGAGCCUGUGUCCAGAACUGUGUCGGAAGUCAUGCGAAGCAAAGACGCAGUGGUUCCAAGUGUGAGGAGGUAGCACUACGCCGUGUGGUGCAUCCCCGUGCGGCAGUCAACGCUGGGACAGCCCAAGUGCCUUUUGUGUCGGGAUGGGGUUCCGAGUGCAGUGAGAGAUGCUCUCGGAAGGAGGGAGGCCCCAGAAUGAAGAAACUGAGGCGCCGUUUCUCCUCGUCCCUCAAUCCGCCGCGUUUUCUCAGCGACGAGGGGCUCACGGAAUUCAACGACCGCCUCUCCAUACACGACAACGGGGAUGUUGCCAGCCAGAACGGUUCGAGGCUUAGCCUGUUCACCCGUGCGACACGAAGGUUUUCCAUAUCAUCUUCACGCAUUCCAGACUUCAGAUCUCCGGCAGCAGGUGUUGUACACGAGCACCCACGCAUUGGUUCUGAUGGGGAAAGUGAGGAAGCGUCGGGAGCCUCGGAUGAAGUCAUAUCUCCCGUCAAGCUCAGGGCAAAGCCUAAUAAUCGGCGCUCCAACCAUUCUGAUAUUAGCAAGAGACUUUCACUGCCGGCCGACCUCAGAUUGCCCGAAAGCUUCCUCAGUAAACAGCUAGUUUUGGAUGGGCCUCUCAGUAGGACGGUCAGAAGACAAUCCUUGUCAGAAAUAGGCUUUGGAAGGAUGGAAACUUAUACAAAACUAGACAAGCUUGGGGAGGGUACUUAUGCCACAGUGUUCAAGGGAAAGAGUCGACUAACAGAUAACUUAGUAGCUCUGAAAGAAAUUAGGCUAGAACAUGAAGAGGGAGCACCCUGCACUGCCAUUCGUGAAGUAUCUCUACUCAAAGACCUCAAGCACAAUAAUAUAGUUACGCUACAUGACAUUGUACACACGGAGAAGUCUUUGACCCUGGUCUUUGAAUAUCUGGAGAAGGAUCUAAAGCAGUACAUGGACGACUGUGGGAAUUUCCUGUCGUUGAAUAAUGUCAAGUGCUUCCUAUUCCAAUUGCUGCGAGGCCUAGCAUACUGCCACCAGCGCCGUAUUCUGCAUCGGGACCUCAAGCCACAGAAUCUGCUCAUCAAUGACAAGGGGGAACUCAAACUAGCUGAUUUUGGGUUAGCUCGGGCCAAGUCUGUUCCCAUCAAGACUUUCUCUAACGAAGUGGUCACACUAUGGUACAGGCCUCCAGAUGUGUUGCUCGGUUCCACGGAUUACUUUACUUCAAUCGAUAUGUGGGGCGUGGGCUGCAUCUUCUACGAGAUGGCCAGCGGAUAUCCACUGUUCCCGGGUUCAACAGUGGAGGACGAGCUCCACCUCAUCUUUCGCACAUUGGGUACACCGACGGAGGCCACCUGGCAAGGAAUAGGGUCCAACUCUGACUUCUUGGGUUACAACUUUCCUCGGUACGGAGGGGAACCAUUGGGCUCGAAAGUUCCCAGGGUUGGUGGUGACGGGGCACGCCUCUUGCUUCAGUUCCUCAAGUUUGAACCAAAAAUGAGGAUAUCAGCUCUGGAAGCCAUGAAGCACCCAUACUUUGACAGCCUGGGGCCAAACAUUCACAAGCUGCCCGACACUGCUUCAAUCUUCACCAUACCUGGAGUGCAGCUGAACAGGACGUCAAGUCUUCGGAGUGGACAUGGGGACAGCACGCUCUCAUCAUAAACCAAAGAUGUCCUCGACUCUCCAUGUAUUUCGCCUCCUCUCCCGGCCGUCCUACAACGUGUGAGCUACAUUUGCACCUCCCUAAGGCCGAGCCUCGGCUGCGGUGGCAUGCUUCUCCUUCUCAACUCCGGUGAGGCAUGACCACUCGACGACGAAUUGGCGCGCGACACGGAGGAUCCCCUCAUCGCCUUCCCCGUCCCCCCCCCCCCCCUCAAGACAUAUCCGUCAGCCCAGGAUGGUUCCAGUUUCAGUUGCUCAGCAGGAGCUGCUCACACGUCGAGGUCGCCCUGAAGCCAUGACUCAUACGAGGUGUACUAGUCGUUUGCGGGGCUCACCCGCUAACCGAUAGCUUUGGCAAGGCUUAACCAGGGGGCGCCUGGUGGCGAGGAAGCUCUCGAGCUUUUGAGCAGAGGAAGGGGGUACAAGCAUGGCUUCUCGGCUUUCAGACAACCACUGGACUUGUACUUCAUUUUCCCUCCCUUUUUUUGUUUUGUGUGGUUUUUUUUCGUGGCAUUUUUGACUCUGCAGCGUUUCGUGCGAUGCGCAUAUAAUGCGCGCACAUAACUCUCACCUUUAUUCGCGGGCGUACGCCACUUUUUCCCCCGCCGAUUGUGGCGGGGGGUGUCUGAGGGUGGUGCCAUGCCGGCAACUGUGGUGCAAUACUUUGUGGCUUCAAAUUAACGCACGGUGGCAUUGUAUCAUGCAUGGUACGAGCAGAGGGAAAAAAAGAGACUCUCACUUGUG